AUGGCGUAUAUGCCUAAUGGCGUUCACGGACACAUGCUGGCAAUGAAACCGGGAGGUGUCACGUCCUUCAGGCCCGAUGAGCGGAUUCCAUGUUCCUGUUGUGCCAGCUGUCUGCUCUUUCUGAAUCCGAAAUAUGGGAUGCAUCCGGGUCUAAAGAAGUUCCAGGAUGCCGAAUUUACCGAAUUCUUAAGGGGCGACAAAGAACUCAGGGAUUGGCCAGACUUGGAAGUGGCAGAAGAAAAGAGGGCGGAGGCGGCGGAGAAGGAACGCAGGCGUCACGAGACCCUCGAGAAGAGCCGCGGGACCGGUAUAUGGCGGAGGGAUGACGACGUUUCAAGUAUCAACUCGAGGGAAUACGACAAUCCCGUGGUUCGACGACAAGAGCGUAAAGAGGCAACACGCCUCUUUAGUUACGAAGGGCCGUAUUAUGGAGGCGAAGUGCUCAUGGCGCUGUAG